CAUUCCGAGUCGAUAGGUCGUAGUGUACGCACGCAUGCGACUGUCGUGCGACUAAAAUAAAUCGCGAGUGUCUUGUGCCAAUUUUUAUUUUUGGAAUUGCACAUUUAAUGUGUGUGUUUGGUAUUGUGUUAGUCUAACACUAUAUCGGGAUUCAGAUAUUUGGUUGCGGACAUUUGUUUUUUUUUUUCAUCAAAGAUGAAGUCUGGCUGGCUGGCGUGGGAAUGCAUAGUGUUUGCCAUAUUCAUCUGCGCCACGUCCUGCCUCCCGUUGUGGAGACGACGUAAAGACGCCAAAGAGCCUGGAGUUAGCGCCAAAACCGCAUAUAUUUUUGCCGGCGGCGGCGUGUCAGUUCUAGCCAUGAUAUUGUCUGUGGCGAGAGGAACGCUGGGUGUCAGAUCUUUUUUGGGAUUUCCCUCUGAGCUGGUGUACCGAGGGUCUGCGAUGUGGGAGACGCUUUACGGCAUCAUACUAGCCUUUCCCUUAGUCUGCUUUCUUUUUGUGCCAGUGUACUACCGACUUCACACCAAUUCUGUUUAUGAGUAUUUACAUAUGCGCUUCGGCUCUCAGACAGUAAGACGACUAGCCGCCGCCACCUUCCUGGUCCGCCAGCUGCUGAACCUGGCGGUGACUGUGUACACCCCGACAGUGGCUUUACAUGCCGUCUUGCAUGUGCCACAUUGGGCGUCGGCAGCCGUGCUCACAGUGGUCACAAUAGCCUUCAAUCUGCUUGGCGGGCUGGCAGCGGCAAUCAGAGCAGAUGUGAUCCAAACCUUGACAAUGGUGCUGGUCAGCGCAGCGUUCAUAAUCCAGGGUACAGUGAAAGCUGGAGGCCCUCAGAAGGUGAUGGAAGAUAACAUCGAUGGAGGAAGACUCCAGUUCUUCAAAUUUACCGGCGACACGACAGUCCGCGUCGACACCACCUCCGCCUUGAUCGGCCAACUUUUCAUGUCAGUCUCCAUCUACGGCUGCCAACAGACCUUCGUCCAACGAUACUGCUCCAUGUCCAGUGAAUCCCGGGUCAGGAGGACCUUGCUCGCCAACGUCCCGGCUGUGGGAGUACUCUUCAGCCUAUCCUGGGUCGUGGGGAUGGCCAUAUACGCCGUGUACCGACACUGUGACCCGUUGAUGGCGAAAGCCAUAUCAGCGCCUGACGAAGUGCUGGCGUAUUAUGUUCAAGAUCAGUUCGCGUUUCUGCCGGGAAUGCUUGGGUUGUUCCUUGGGAGCCUGUUCAAUGGUGCUUUGAGCUUUCUGGUCUCAAACGUGAACUCGCUGGCGACUGUGACGUGGGAGGAUUUCGUGUCAGCGGCACCACCGUUCAAGGGCAUCGCUGAUAAUCAGCAAUUGACGGUCAUCAAAAUUAUUGGCAUUAUUUAUGCUAUCAUCAUCAUGUGUUUAUCACUCUGCGUUGGAGCGAUAGGCGGCGUGGUCGAAGGCUCCCUACUCGUCACAUCAGCGACCUCCGGAGCCCUACUUGGUGUGUUCGUUCUCGCAGCCCUCUGCCCCAUGGCCAACGGGAAAGGGGCGAUGUGGGGCAUGCUCGCGGCUCAUGGUAUCACCACCUGGAUGGCAGCUGGGAGGCUGUUGUAUGUGGACAGAAGUGUUGCUACCCUACCUUUGUCUAUUGAUGAAUGCCCACUAAACGCAACUGCUACAGUCUUCAGUCCACGAGCGCUCUUGGUUAACGAGACAUUGAAACAGCUCCAAGCUUUGAACCUGAAUGUGCCUGUCAACAAACCUGAACCCAUUAUAUCAGCGGGCCUGCACAAAAUGUACUCCAUAUCAUACAUGUGGUAUUCAGUAAUUGGUACCUUAACUUGUGUCGUUCUUGGCAUCAUAAUCGGUCUAAUCACUGGCAACGAAUCCGAUGCGUACGAUGAAAACCUUUUGCAUCCACUAGUUGCAAAGAUCGCUCGAAAAAUGCCCGGACCAAAACGAAAAUUCACCAAUGAAAAACCACAGAAGAUGCAAGAAUUGAAAGAAUCUUCUGAUAAGACUGAAGCGUCUGACAAAACUGAGGUGACUGUAGUCGAUGAAGCUAAACCUGAGGUGUUUAGUCCAAAUAGUAGUAGGCAUUUUGAUGUUUAUGAGAUAAGUAGAUCGCCUUCACCGUUCCCGGAAAGGACUAGGUUGUGAUUUUGUAUGUUCGUAAUUAGGAAUUUGUUUAAUAUGGAUUACAAACUUGUUAUAAUGAAAUGAUAUUAUAUACAAAUGAGUGGAGUAUCAUGCUAAGUAGAAUACCAAUUUGGGGGGAACCUGAAAUGCAACACUAAAUAUUAAGGAAAUAGUAUUGUUUUGGGAACAAUAUAAGAAUGGAAUGGACUCUUAUAGAUGCUCCACUUGUAUGGUCUUGGUCGAAUAAAAAAGUCUAGAACCAAAAAUUGUGCCGUAUGGUUCCCGGCACCAAUAUAAAUAAGAAUAGGACCACUCAAUCUCUUUCCCAUGAUUGUCGUUAAGGACGACUAAGGGAUUUACUUAUAAACUUGGAAUACCUACUUCUUUCAGCAACUUGUCACUAUUUCUAUUCUAUCAAUAAGCCAAACAGCUCAACGUGACCCAUCUCACACCUUUCGCGACUGCUGGCCCUGUAUACCUCGCAAGGGACAUAGACGUGACUAUAUGUAUGUAUGUAUGUAAAAAGAUACCUAAUGAUCGCGUAUUGAUUAACAUUAUUCUUGUUGCCAGUGAGGUUUAAAUGUUGUACAGUGACCUUCAGAAAAACAUGACCUACUUAUUAUACAAACCAAAACUAUAAUUUUCUCAAGUUUCAUUGGAGGUGAUUGUACAUCAUUUUGCGGCUGUAAGUAAAUAAUUUUUGGGCAAUUAUAAUAACUAUUUUCCUAUCUUUACGUGCCAUCUUUUUUCUAGUAAUACGAUGGUCUAUUUUUAAAUAACAUGUGUAUUGAUCGAAUGUGGUUUGUUUGAAAAGACUUUCUAGUAAUGUCAGUGUCAGACUUAAAAAAGAAUUGUCGAAUGAAUUGGUUGCAUAAUCGAUUAUGCAUGUCUAUAAUAUUACAUUAAUUUGUCAUAUUUUGAUUGGUUUUAUUAAACAACCAUUAUUUUUUUUUAUUUAGAGGUUAUUUUAAACAACUUUUUGCCAAAUCUGUAUUUGAUUUAUGUUUUUUUGAUUAAUGGACGGUUUCAGAAAAGAUAAUUUCCAAAUUAGGUUUAGAAUUUUAAGCCCUAAGACUAAGGACCAUUUUGGUGCUUACCUAUUAAUAAGAUAUUCUAAAUUUUUACAAUAAUUCAUGUGAUAAUUAAUAUCUGUAUGAUAAAAUUAAUAAGUAAUGAAUUUUUAUAAUUAUUACUUAACUAUUGCUAUAAAUGUGUUAAUUAUCAAUAAUUUAUUUAAGUUUUUCUAAUAAUUGUAAGUAUUUAAAAUAGAAUAGUUACAUAAUUAUAGUUUAAGAGCAGUUGCGUUAGAGGUUGUAUUUAUGCUCCAAUCCGGGAAAUCUUUGCUUGCGCGAUUUAGACUCCUCGCUGUUAUUGGCUGGCAGCGCAGUGUUAUUGGCUUUGUGACAUGUGGCGUAGAGAUGUAUAAUGUAUAAUUAUUUAAAGUAAGAAAAAGAGCGUAUAGAAAAGUGUGUAAAUUAUAGGCAUAUAAUUAUAGGCAUUCAUGCCUUUCACUACUAAAGGUGCGUACACAUUAUGUUACAAUGUUGUAUAACUUUGUUUUAUGAUACGUCCACAUUAUCUGUAAUUGUAACAUAACUACCUACACAUUGGAAUAACAAUCCUACUAAUAUUAUAAAUGCGAAAGUUUGUGAGUAUGUCAGGAUGUCAGUAUGUUUGUUACUCUUUCACGCAAAAACUAUUGAACCGAUUACGAUGAAAUUUGGUGUGAAGGUAGCUGAAGACCCAGAAUAAAAUAUAGGCUUCCCACAGCAUUGAUUGUUACGUUAUGAUAGGGUUUUAAAGCGGACGAAGUCGCGCAAAGAGAUUUUCGGAAUCAUGUUUUGUACUAAAUUUGCUAAUUCUGGUUAGGAAUAGGUAUUUUCUUGAUGCGAUGUGAUUAUAUUAAAGACAUUAUGUUUUCAAAUAAUAUUAUGCAGUUUAUUGGCCGAGGUUAUUUCAAAUCGAAUGCGUCUAGUCUACUUUUUUUUUACUAAAUUAGACCAAUUUUGACUUACUUUUCAGCUUCACCAAUAGCGUGUGUAUAAUAUAAAAUUUAUUCCUGCCUUGAAAUACAGAACAACAUACCUGUAUCAUGUCAUUAUCCCUUACGGGGUAGACAGGGCAGAUAAUCUCGGGAAUAAUUGGACGUUACCUUCACCUGUAUGAUGGAAUUGAGAUUCAAAUAGUGACAGGUUGCCAGCCCAUCGCCUUCAAGAAGAAUCUCAAGUUUGUCAGCUUUUUUCUUAAUUGUAUAAAUAAAUAUAGUGAAUUUAGUUUCGUAAGCAAUACAUGUACAUAUUAUGUGAUGUAAAACCAGAUUAAAUAUUUUUAUAUGUUUGUUUGUAAGAGAGAAAGUAUGAAGUGUACUUAAUUAAUUUGA